CAUGCCCCGUCAGACGUUAGAUGCUGAAAUACCGCCGCCAUUUUGUGUAACAGCUGUCGCUCAGCAAGUAGAUAGUAUAGCUUGCGGACGAGCUUAUUGUGGCUUAUCGAAUUAUUUGCUAAUUGUUCGGUGAUUCGUGUAGCGUGCAAAACGGGACAAUCGCGAAAAUGUAUAAUCGCAGUGUAAUCAGUGGUUUUAAAUUUACGUAGAUCGUAAUUAUUGAUACUUUUCUUGUUCAAUGAUUGCCUAUCCAAUGAUCAACUGUACAAUAGUUCAGCACGUUUACAUUUGAAUACAGAAGGAAACAUUUUGUCUGCAUUCUAACAUGGCUAGAGUUCUACCAUAUGAAAGAGUUGUAGAUGCUGUAUUCAUACAUAGAAAUUCAGCGCUUGAUUCGGAGAUCCGGAUUGAGAUGAAGAUUAAGGAAGAACCUGCUGAUACUACAUCAGAUUUUGAUGCAACUGAAGAUUGUACAUUAAUUAAAAAUUGUUUUAGCUUAAUUGAUCACGAUUAUCAUUAUCAUUGCAACGAAUCAUCAAUUUCUAAAAAUGACGUUUUGUGUAAAGAUAUAAAUAAUAAAGAAAAUAAGCAUUUAUCGAACAUAAACCCUAUACAUUCAAACGAUAUGGACAAGACUGUUACAUUAGAGCCUAAAAGUAUGGAAACUAAAAAAGAAAUAUAUACCUUAUCACAAACCAGAAAGGAACAUAAAUAUUCUAAUGAAAUCUCUAGCAAUAAAAAUAUUAAUACGUUACCUAUAGUGACAACUAAAAAUGUUAGAAGGAAAAGAAAAAGCAUCCCAUUAGAAAAUUGCAAAACAAAACUGCGACGCACAGUUAAAUCGACAAAAAAAGGUAUAUAUUGUGACAUAUGCUUUCGAGAGUUUUCUUCUUCUCGAAAUCGUGAAAUCCAUAUGCAAUAUUAUGAAUUUGGAGAUUUUACAUGCAGAAUUUGUAAGAAAAAAUACAGAACACGCGAUAAAUUAAUUUCUCAUAUAUGUCACAGCGUGCAAAAUAUGCAUACAAACUUACACGCAUUUUUUUGUAACUUUUGCAAUCGUUAUUUUAAAAGUAAAGAAUUUUUACAGUCCCAUUUAUUUCAUACACAUAAUGAACUAAUAUGUUCCAGUAACGUAAUUAAACAAGAGAAUUACAAAUCUAACGAUGUAAAUACGUCUCUUCAAAAUGAUAAAAUGGACACACACGAUUUGAAAACGGAUACACAUGAAGAGCCAUGCUUAAAGAAUCUCAUUAAACCAGAUGAGAUAAAUAUUACAUUUAGAAAUGUUACUAAUAAAUGUUUGAUUGAUAAUGUCAUGGAUACUGAGAAAUCACAAAUUGAAAAAUCAUUUGUUAAUAAAAUGUCACCAACUAAAAAAUUACGGCAACCAACAUUAACAGAAUAUCUUGAACUUUGCAAAAAGAAACAUGAUACUAAGGUCGAUCCAAAAUCUAAAUCUAACAUUAUAAAAAAUGAUCUUCCUGAUGUCUCACAUCAUGAUGAAGGAAUACAAAAAAAUUCAAGACCGAAACUCUCAGAAGGACAUAAUGAAUCAAAUGAUUCUUUAAAUAUAAAAUCAGACUUUCUUCCAGAAAAAACAGCAUGUUCCACUUUGGAAGAAAAUGUGAAGUAUGAAACAAGUUUAACCAAAAAGCCAUUUGUGAAACUGCAUGCAGAUGUUGAAAUGAUGAAGUGUUUUUUGGAAAAACUCUCCAAUACGGAUGUUAAAAAUAAAGUGACUGAAAAUCAAAUAUGUAAUACUGUUUUAUACGAUCGUGAGAUACCCUAUAGUUUACGAUCUCUAAGAGUUAUUUCUCCAAUACAAACAAAUUUAAAGUUAGAAAUGAAAAAAGCUAAAACUGUAUCUAAAAAAUCUCAGCUCAAUAUGGAAUUUAAUAAAAAGGAACAAAAUAUAACAGAUUCAGGUACAAUAGAUUCCAAAGUAGAUUGGAAACCUAUUAUGACUUAUUUCAAAUGUAAGGACUGUACAGUUCUUUUAACAAGAUGUGAUGAACAACAAGAGAAUUCUUAUCAGAUUGAAGCCAUGAAAAAUAUUUCCCCUUCUGUUGAAUCCAACUUUAUAUCGCUUCAGAAAAGUACUACACAAAAUAAAAUGAUGCUUAAAGACUUGGAGAUUCCUCUGGAACGUUUAACAACUGUUUCCACUUUAGAUUUAGAAGUAAAUACAAAAUCAGAUACUAAAGAGCACAACAAAUGCUUUUUAUGUAAAGUUUGUAAGAAGAGUUUUCCUUCAAAAUUGGCCAAGCGCAUACACAUUAAAUCAUCUCAUACAGCAUAUAUGUCAAGUAUAUGUGAUGCACGAUAUACACAGAAGCAUAAAUUACUUCAACAUUAUCUACAUGAACAUCUGCUUAAACAAAAUCAAUGUUGUAUUUGUUACAUAUUAUUACCUGAUUAUGAAGCGUUGAAGGAACAUUUAAAUGUUCACUGUCUGAAAUACAUUCAAAGAGAGAACGAUCGAUAUCCAGUAAAUAUUGAGUUAAAAUGCAAGUUGAACAAAAUAACUUGUGAGUGUCGUCAUUGUAACAAAAUAUUUUCAUCGUUAUCGUCUUUAGUCGCACAUCAAAGUUGUUGUACAGUACAAAAAGAAAUGAAGAACGAAGAUCAGAAAGAUUGUAUGGAAAACACAAGCCCGAAGAAUAUUCUUAAGAUGCAACAAAAUAAAAACAUCGAUGAGAAUACAAGUACAUGUGAUGAAAGGACUCAUUCAGAUAAUUUAUGUGAAUCCUCAAAUAGUAAUUCUAUGAAAGAAUCAAAUCAAUGUGAAAUAUCGCUUGUUAAUGAAAAAGAACCGGAAGUUAAUCAAGAUAAUUCUGAUAAUUCUUCUAAUGAUAAUUCCUCUAUUAAUAAUAACUUAUUAAUUCAAAAGGAAAUCGAAACUGUCAAUAAAUUACAAGACUCUGAAAAGUUUACAGAAAAUAAUAAUUCUACAAAUAAUAACCAAGAAACAGAUGCAACAUUGAAUAAUAGUACAACGAAAAGUAUAACCUAUCCCUGCGAUAUAUGUGGAAAACAAUUUUAUAAUCAGAAGAAGUUGGAGCUACAUGUACGCAGUUUCAGUUUUAAUAAAGAUAUCUGCCCAAUGUGUAAUACUGGAUUCAGUUCGAAGCGUCUUCUACAGACACAUAUCUCUGCAGCGCAUGUAUUACAGAUUUCGAAGACUUAUAGUUUCCAUUGCGUAUUCUGCAAUCAAGGUUUCUUUAAAAAACAUGAUCUUCGAUCUCAUAUAUUACAUUUACAUGGCGCACAAAUGCUCAAUGCUCUCACGCACAAUUUUAACAUGAGUCAACAGAAAUCUAAUGAGUUAGUUAUCCAAGGCGCAACAUGUAACAUUUGUAAUUUGGUAUUUGAAACUCAAGAUCGUUUCAUAGAACACCGAAUGUACUAUUACAAAAAUCAUACAUUUUCAUGUUCUUUUUGUGCGCAAAAUUUUCAAGGAAUGUACAUGUUUCAUCAUCAUAAUAAACUUGUACACUAUUCAGAGGAUAAACGCAAGUCAUAUAAUUAUAUCUGCGACAUAUGCAAUGAGGGAUUCAAUCAUGAAUCACACUUUCAUUCGCAUAAUAUGCAUGUUCAUGCUAAAGAAGAGAAUUUAAGUGAGACUGCAAAAGGAUUCAAAGAAAAAAGUGACCUUAAUAAUGUAUCUAAUGUUCAGGAACAGAUUAGGAAUUCUACUAAAGAUCAAGAAAAACAACAAACAAUUGAACAACCUUUUAAUGAGUGCAUUUGUCAGAUUUGUCAGAUAAAAUGUAAAGACAUGAAUGAUAUGACAAAACAUAUGGAAUUUUAUUCCAACGAUGGUGAUUUUAAGUGUGAUAAGUGUAACAAACAAUAUAAAACAUCUGACCUACUUGAUGAACAUAUGAAAUUAAGUCAUUUUUGUCAUGAUGUUCACGACGGACAUAUAUGUCAUAUUUGUGGCGAAAUUUUUUUAGAUAUUGUUACGUUGAAAUGUCAUGAAAAACAUCUUCAUUCAAAUAUUAGCAAUAAUUUGAACAACUGGAAGAAUUGUAAUCAGGCAUUAUCUUCGAAUACUACAAUCAAGACAAGUACAAACAAGGCAAUAGAAGAACUUUGUGAAUCUGAGAUUAAUGUAGAUAAUGCAGCUAAAUAUAAUUGUUUAUUCUGCAAUAUGAAGUUCCCUACUACUAAUGCUGUUCAAACACACAUUGUUUAUGCUCAUAUUGAUGAUAUGAUAGCUAAACGAGCUACUUUAGGAUUUACUCUUCCUAUUAUUGAUAGCAAUGAUGUACAAAAACAAUUUGUUAAAACCAAUCAAACAACAAUAUCAUCGUUGUUAUCAUCGUCAUUUGAAAAUAAUUUAACUCAUCUUAAUGUUCAAAAAUCUAAUAAUGUCCUAAAUGAUACUAUAAGUAAAAAUGGAAAAGACGAUAAUACUACUACUGAAGUAUUAAAGAAAUUUAAAAUUGUAGAUCCAAAAACUAAUAAAGUUAUAGAGGCUACUUCAAUUCCUCCACUAUUUCCACUUUCAAGAAUUAACAAAUCUAAAGAUAAUAUUUUGGCGUCUAAGAUAGUUGUACCAAGUACAGAAACAAAAGCGGACACUCCAGUUUCUCUGUCUACCGAAUCUUCUAGCAUUGCUAUAUCAAAUGUCGGAUUGAAGAUUAAUAAUCCAAUUUCUCUAUCUGCUGGAUCAACUAAUAAUUUUAGAAAAAAUUGUGAAAUUCCUUUAAAAUCUGGAUCAAUUAAUGAAUUCAAAACUAAUUUAAUCUCAUCACAAAGAAGAUCUAUAAUCAUUGAUAGAUCCAAAAUGAUGCCUGUAUGUCUUUCGGCAACCAAACCAUUCAAGAAUAUUGCGCCACUUUGGAAAGAUAAUGAAACUGGAAAUCAGAAGUCUGGGUCAAUAAACAAUUAUGGUCAUGGUUAUUCAUGUCCUUUAUGCACUUUGGAGUAUCCAUCUUUGAUGUUUUUCCAUGCUCAUCUUAAAUAUUCCCAUGCAGAUUCUAUUCGAUCUGAUGAACCAAUGAGUCUACAGAUGAAUCAAAUUCAAAAAAAUUCUAUGAUAAUAGAAUGUUUAUUGUGUCCAUGUACUUUUAUUACCGAGACUAAAUAUAAGCAACAUUUAAGAAAUUCUCAUACAUAUUAUGUAUAUAUGCCACAUUCUGAAGAGAGAACAAAAAACAGUAAUGCGAGUAAUUCUGUAAUAACACAAACAAAUACUGAUAGAAAUACAAUUCCUGAAACAAUUACUAUAGAUGAUGAUGAUGAUAAUGAUAAUGUCAAGAAUUCAUCGUGUCAACAGGUUGAAACAACACCUACACUAGAUCACGGAAUACAGAAUGAGAAAAUUGGUAAAUUGAGAGUAAAACCUUUUGCGAAAAUCAUUGAAAAUUUAUCUACAUAUACUGCAUUGUAAUUUUUUUAAAUUAAACUUUUAAAUUUCAAUUUUAAUAUCACAGCGUUAGAUUUGCCAUAAAAGUUUAAGAUUACUGAAAAUACAAAAUUAAUGAUGUGUAUUAAUUUACAAUAUAUUUAAUGUGAUCAACUAUACAAAUGCAAAAUUAAAUUUUGAUGAUUCGUUGCAGAAGAAUAGUUUUAUGAUGAAGGAAAUUAAUUUAUUUGUAAUGUAACAUUUAAAAAUUUAUAAUCUCAAUCAAUGGUCAGUAAUUGAACUGAUUGAUGAUUAGAUUGUGACUGAUUGGUGAUUGAUUGUGUUAGAAAUGAAUAUAACAUUAGUAUAUUAUUUAAUUAAAUAUACAUAAAAAUAAUAUUAUAAAUAAAAUGCGAUAAAAAUAAGAUACGUUCAUUUAUAUGUUUAUUAUUCAUUUAUAUAUUUCUUGAAUAUGAAGACAAUUAAUAAGUAGUCAGUACAUAUAUAUAUAUAUAUCAUUAUAUUCAUUUAUCAAAUAAUAAACUCUAUUAGGAUUUUAAAUAUGAAUUAUCAGAAACAUGUAAGUCGAUUGAAAUAUAGUUGUUAUUUAAUGCUAAGUUAACGUUUAUUAUUUAAUUGUUUACGUCUUACGAUUAGAACUAAAAUUUCUUUACGUGCGUAUCAAUGUUAUCCACAGAAUCGAAUGCUUGCAUUGCCGCGUUAGAACGAUAAAUGCAUAAAACUGCGUCUAGAUUCGCAUGGCUAACAUUUCGCUUUAAAAAUGGAAUAAUAAAUCUUUUGAACCU